AUUUGUCUAAUUUGUUAUCGGUCAGACUUCUUUUCUUUCUGCGCACGUUGCACGCGUAGAAAUUUUGGAAUAAUUGUUUUCAAGAAAACAAUUUUUAGCUUGUGUUGGUUAUAAGUGUAUUCAUCGCCAUAAGCCCGAAGAUUUGCAUUUCACAUAGUCACAACCCAUCAAAAUACAGUCGUCAUAAAGUGUAUCGCAGUCGUCGUGGACCAGGACGUACUUUACAAAAAUGUCGGGAGAGGAAACGUCCGCUGAUCGCAAUGUAGAAAUAUGGAAAAUUAAAAAAUUAAUAAAAAGUCUUGAAAUGGCACGCGGAAAUGGAACCAGUAUGAUUUCAUUAAUAAUUCCGCCUAAGGAUCAAAUCUCAAGGGUCAGCAAAAUGUUGGCGGACGAGUUUGGUACGGCGUCAAAUAUAAAGUCACGUGUGAACCGCCUCUCCGUACUGGGCGCGAUAACAUCCGUACAACAUAGGCUUAAGUUGUAUACGAAAGUGCCUCCCAAUGGUUUGGUUAUAUACUGUGGCACAAUUGUUACAGAGGAAGGCAAAGAAAAGAAGGUUAACAUAGACUUUGAGCCAUUCAAGCCUAUAAAUACCUCACUAUAUCUUUGCGACAAUAAAUUUCAUACUGAAGCACUAACUGCACUACUCGCUGACGAUAAUAAGUUCGGCUUUAUUGUAAUGGACGGUAACGGUGCACUCUUUGGAACGUUGCAAGGAAAUACACGCGAGGUGCUUCAUAAAUUUACUGUAGAUCUACCUAAAAAGCAUGGUCGCGGUGGUCAAUCAGCGCUGCGAUUCGCUCGUUUACGCAUGGAGAAGCGCCAUAAUUAUGUACGCAAAGUUGCCGAAGUGGCAACCCAGCUGUUUAUCACAAACGACAAGCCAAACAUCGCGGGACUAAUUCUUGCCGGUAGUGCGGACUUCAAAACUGAGCUCAGCCAGUCUGACAUGUUUGACCCUCGUUUACAAUCAAAAGUAAUUAAAUUGGUGGACGUCUCUUAUGGUGGUGAAAACGGUUUCAAUCAGGCUAUAGAACUUGCUGCUGAGUCUUUGCAAAACGUUAAAUUCAUACAAGAAAAGAAGCUCAUUGGGCGUUAUUUUGAUGAAAUAUCUCAAGAUACAGGUAAAUAUUGCUUUGGCGUUGAAGACACUUUGCGUGCUUUGGAACUGGGGUCAGUUGAAACUUUGAUUUGUUGGGAGAAUCUAGAUAUACAACGCUAUGUGUUGAAAAACCAUGCUAAUUCAACAUCGACGACAGUAUUGCACUUGACGCCCGAGCAAGAGAAGGAUAAGUCACACUUCACGGAUAAAGAGAGUGGUGUCGAAAUGGAGUUGAUUGAGUCGCAGCCGCUCUUGGAAUGGCUGGCGAAUAACUACAAGAUGUUUGGUGCUACUCUUGAAAUUAUUACCGACAAGUCUCAAGAAGGCAGUCAGUUUGUUCGAGGAUUCGGUGGAAUAGGCGGCAUUUUACGCUAUAAAGUAGAUUUUCAAUCGUUACAAGCCGACGAGCCAUUGGAAGACGUCGAUCUUGAUGACUACUAAAUCUACAUGUUUUUUAUGAUAAACUGCAUCGUUUUAUAAUAUUAUAAUGCUUGUAACGCACAGAAAUGUCGGCAUUCACGUUUCUUUUUAAUAUGUUGUAAAAUUUUGUUCACGGAUUUUGUAGAAUCGUUCAAAAUUAGUUCAAUGGAACUACUGACACAACUAAUUGGACCAACUAAUGGCCGGGUUCCUCUGAUAUUUAUCGAUUUAAUUAUAAUUGAAAUGUUUUUAUUUUGCUCCUAAAAUGUCAGUAGCUUAUCAUAAAAAACGAGUUCAUUACUUUUGAAACUAUUCUCCAUGAAGAUCAAUAAAUUUUGUAAUCGCUUCAACCAA